AUGGAAAAAAUAUUGGACAAGAGAAAAAUGGUGAAACAGCGUAGAGAAGGGAAGGAAAAGGGGUUGGGCACCGUGGGGACAGAAACAACCUUAACAGCCCUUUUGACCGAAUUGAAUGAUGAGAAACUCAAGACAACACAAAAACCACAACUUAAAAAUUUAGCGUUACAAACGUUUAGUAAUGGUUUACCUGACUCGUGGAAAUUAAGUAUAGCACUUUUAAAGCCCAAAGAUGUCCAUAAAGCUUUAAAAUCUGCUUUACUUACUCAACUCACUUGCCCACAAGUAUACAAUCAGGCCAAGUACGUUUACAAGGCCGUACCCAUGACGUCUACUUCUACGACUCCUGAAUCUUCGGUACCAAACGUUACUAAAAUUCCUGUUCCUGUCCCUACUCAGUUCGACCACCAAAAAAAAUUUAUUGAUCCGAUCAAUAUUUUGACUAAAAACAUUGCCUUUCUGCUUCUGCUAACACUAAGGCGUGGUAUAAUAAAAAGUAAGGAAGAGAUACUUGCAAAACCUUACGACAACAUGCUUUUAUGGGUGGCCAAUGUCCGCGAGCUGCUCGACGAUCUGCCUGACGACGUCCGCUUACGUUCGACCUGGGAGCAGCUCAGCGCUGAAGGCCUCGUCAGCGAGCUCGAAGUCAAGUGGGAUCCACCGUCGGACUGCUUUCAGUUGACGCCUCCACCACUCCAGUCGCAGAGCACAAAGCGGACGAUGCUCGCGGGUCUGUUCGACCCAUGCGGCUGGCUCGCGCCGAUCGUGUUGAAUGCCAAGCUCUUGCUCCAGGAUCUCUGGCGCACCAGACUGGGAUGGGACGAGCCUGCGCCGAUCUCAAUGACUCGCCGAGGGGCAGAAUUUACCGCCGAGCUCCAGGCCAUCUCCACCUUCACCUUACCGCGCUGGAUCGGAGUUGGGCCUCCUUCCGAGCUUCACCUGCACGGCUUUUCGGACGCCAGUCGCCGCGCGAUGGCAGCCAUCAUCUACUCUCGCCUCGUGCCCGGGGCUGGGCCGGCGCUCUGCCACAUUCUUCUGGCUCGGACAAAGCUCUCGCCGAUUCGCUCGCUCAAGCCGGUGCCAGAGACAUCCGCGCGCAUGACGAUUCCGCGCCUCGAGCUCCGCGCCGCACUGAUUGCCGCCAAGCUCCUGCGGACCGCUGCCGACGAGCUACGCGUACCUGUCGACCGCUGUCACGCAUGGUGCGACUCACAGAUCGUUCUGCACUGGCUGCGUUCCGACAGGCCAACCAACAACGUGCUGAUCGACAACUAUGUCGCCCAAAUCCAGGAAAUGCUGCCUUCGAGUGUCUGGCGAUACGUGCCGACCCAGUCAAAUCCAGCCGACCUCGUGACCAGAGGUGCCGACAUGACCGGCCUUCGCUCGCAGCGCACUUGGUGGGAGGGCCCCGCUUGGCUCGCCGAGGACGUCGACUCGUGGCAUCUAGACCCGCUCCCCGCACCGAACCAGCAUUCAUCCAUCUGCUGCGUAGUGCAGCAGCUUGACGCCAGCUACGUCGAGCAAUUCUCCAACUUACGCAUGCUACUAAGCUUCCUCGUACGCAUUCGUCGAUUCGUCCGGAGCCACUUGGGCAGGGGCCCCGUGCUUUCGGUCGCUUCACCUCUUACGCCGACCGAACUCCACGACGCUUUUCUCGCGUGUGUAGGCCUCAGCAAGGAGAGAUCAUUCUCGGACGACCUCCAGUGUCUUCGACGGGGCAAACGUUUGCGGAAGACGAACCCAUUGGUACCCGGCGCCUCUUCCCUCGCUUCCAUGGUCAUCGCCUGGGCGCACUCUCGGGUGCUGCACGGUGGAUACUGUGUCACCAGUGCCUACGUCUGUAAGCGCGCUUGGCUCCUCGGUGGGCCCUGGCGGAUCAAGGCUCACCUCCGCAGGUGCGUCGUCUGCAUCCGGCUGCGAGCGCGACCGGCGACUCAACUCAUGAUCCCACUGCCGUCGUCUCGAGUCUCCCCUUCUCGUGCCUUUGCCUGCACCGGAGUGGACUACGCCGGCCCUUUCCAUGUACUCUCCGCCAGAGGACGAGAAGUCCGGACCACGAAAGGCUACAUCGCCGUUUUCGUGUGCCUCGCCACCAAGGUCCUGCACCUGGAGCUGGUUGGCAAUCUCUCGGCUGCGUCCUUCUUGGGCGCCCUCCACCGAUUCGCUGGACGCCGCGGUCGGCCCGGUGAGAUAUGGAGCGACAACGCGACUUGCUUCCGCCGCGCUGAUGUUGAGCUGCGCGAUGCCUUGCUGACAGCCGAGCUGGACUGGGGAUUGGUCGCGGGCUCUCUCGCCGAUCAAGGAAUUGCUUGGAAGUUCAUUCCACCGGGUGCUCCUCACUUCGGUGGCUUGUGGGAGGCCGCCGUCAAGUCAACCAAAAGUCACCUCCAGCGCGUCAUGGGGUCACGCCAUCUCACCUACGAGGAAUUUUCCACGGUGCUCGUUGGCAUCAAGAUGGUCUUAAAUAGGCACUUCCUUGUCGGUGGCCCUCUCAACUCCAUCGUUCUGCCCAGCCCCCCUGCGGAGAGCUUGGAUGCGCUCGACCACUGGGAGCUCGUUCGGGGGGUCUGCGCCCAGUUUUGGUCUCGCUGGAGCCGAGAAUACCUCAACACACUCCAACAGCGGUCAAAAUGGACUACUCCUCGCCGGAACUUCAUCGUCAGCGAUGUGGUCGUCCUCCUCGACGCUACACUUCUGCAGUCCAGCGGCCGAUGGCCGAUCGGCCGCGUCAUCAGCGUCCACCCAGGAGCCGACGGCUUUGUCCGCGCUGCUACCCUCAAGACGGCGACUGGCGUGUACAAGCGAUCCAUCACCAAGAUGGUCUUGCUGCCUGUGUCAGCACCUCCCGCGGCUCCGCCGCCUCCAGAAGACUCCCUGACCAACCCCGGUUUGGCGGGCGGCACGUAG